AUGGAACUGCAAAAGCUGCGCUAUUUACGCGACCAUCAAGCGCAACUUCGGACCGAGACGUACGCCGGUCUGAUGGAUCUUGCUGGCGCUGAAGGCAUCAUAGCGGAUCUGCAACCGCACGCAAACGUGCCGAAUCUACCAGUGGAAGGUGGACCGCAGGUGGUGGAGCAGGAGGUGAUUCCGGCCGAUUCCGACUUGACACGUACAGGGAGGCGCGUCUUCUUGGGACCUGUAUUCGUCGGCAGCAACCGGUACAUGCAGGCCCAGUACCAACAAGCCAUGGCAAUUUUAAGGGCUUUCGGGAAGCCGGACUUGUUCGUCACCGAGACGUGCAACCCGAAAUGGCCGGAAAUUACGCAGAAUCUGCUCCUGAGACAACGAGUUCCGGAUCGACCGGAUCGACCGGAUCUGACGGUGCGUGUUUUCCAGCUUAAGCUGAAAGCCAUACUGCAGGACCUCAGUAUGGGAGCGCAUGGAAUCGAAAUGGCGCUCAUCCACGUAAUUGAGUUUCAAAAGCGUGGCCUGCCCCAUGCGCACAUCCUUAUCAUCUUGGCCGAGGAGGACAAGCCGCAAACGCCCGACCACUACGAUCGGUUCGCAUCAGCCGAACUGCCCGAUCCGGAAACGUGCCCGCUAAAACACGAAGCACCAUGCAUGAAGGACGGAAAAUGCUCGAAGGGUUACCCGAAGCAUUUCUGCGACCGGACGCGCAGCAUGGACAACGGAUACCCGCAGUACCGUCAGCGCAAUAAUGGCCGCACUAAGUACGACUGCCACAUCAAUGUGGAGAUUUGCAACUCGAUCAGCAGCGUCAAGUACCUGUACAAGUAUGUGUACAAAGGGCACGACAGGCUAAGCGUAUCCAUCGCGGAAAAUGAUGAGAUACAGCAGUACAUCGAUGCGCGCUACCUCUCGCCGACGGACAGCUGCUGGCGAAUUAUGCGUUUCGAGCUACAGGCCAAAACGCACACCGUUGUCACACUGCCGGUACAUCUGCAGAACCAGCAGUAUGUCUACUUCCGGGAAAGUGAAACCGUUCCGGCCGCGUUAAACCGGGGAAAUCACUCCAUGCUGACCCGGUUCUUCCAGCUUGCGGCAAACGACCACUUCGCCAAAACGCUGCUUUACCACGAUGUACCCAUGUACUAUCGAUUCGGUGUUCCGGCGGCGAGUCAGCGACAACCAUGGCACGAACCGGGAACGAAACAAUGGAUUCGUCGCAUCCGUACCACGCACAAAACGGUCAUCGGCAGGAUGGUUUCCUGCGGUAUGCAGCUGAUCGAGCGGUACUGUUUGCGUUUAUUGCUCUGCUAUCGCAAGGGCCCAGUUCGUUCGAAGAUCUGCGCAUCGUCGAUGGUACUGUGUACGCAACAUUCCAGCAAGCUGCCAUCCGGGAAGGGUUGCUACACGAUGAUUCGGAAUGGGAUCGUGCCAUCGGGGAAGCGACCAGCUUCCAAAUGCCUGCACAGUUGCGCCAAAGAUCACACUUGCUUCCCCGGGAUGCCCCAACUGCUGGAAUUUGAGCACGUCGAGUCCCACGUCAGCAACGAAGAUCGGGCAAUAAGCAAUGAGCUGCUCAUUGCUGAGCUCGCGUAUCCCGUAAGCGAGCUCGAACAGACCCUCGCCACACUCGGUCAGCUGAACGACGAUCAGCGCAUAGUGUAUGACCGAGUGACGGCGGCCAUCGUUCGUUAUGCGACAGAAGGCGUGGCACUCGCGACCGCAGCAAGCGGCAUUGCUGCGUUGCUGCUGAGUGGAGGCAGAACGAUCCACUCGACGUUCAAGCUACCGCUGGACUUGAACCAACACACCACCUGCAGCAUCCCGAUCCAGUCGAAACGGGCCGAGCUAAUUCGGCAGGCAGCACUCAUCGUUUGGGACAAGACAUCGAUGAGCAGCCGGUACGCUCUCGAAGCAGUGAAUCGAACCAUCUAG